AUGUCAUCUUUCACGGCGUCCAAGAUCCUUAUCUUCGGUGGUACAGGGACCAUCGGGCGGUACAUCACCACCGCGCUGCUCCGGUCGAAACCGGCAUUUCAGCAGGUGGCCCUUUUCACGUCCCCGGACAGCGCCAAGCAAAAGUCGCAGCAACUCGAGAAAUGGAAAUCGGAGGGUCUCAAUGUUAUCGUCGGUGACUUGACAUCUGAAGACGACGUAAAGGCCGCCUAUCAUGGCAUCGACACUGUCAUCUCGGCAGUGGGGAGGGGUGGUCUUCAACACCAAAUUAACCUCCUGAAGCUGGCGGAGUCGUCCGAAAGCGUUAAAUGGUUCCUCCCGUCUGAAUUUGGCACCGACAUCGAGCACAACGAUAAGAGCCCGAACGAGCGCCCGCAUCAGCUCAAGCUGCAGGUGCGCAAGUACAUCCGCGAGAACCUGAAGCGCGUCAAGGUCACAUACGUGGUUACUGGUCCGUAUUUCGACAUGUGGGUAAAUGCUGGUCCUGGUCUCGAGGUGGCCGGGGGCUUCCUUCCGGACAAGAAGAAGGCCUAUGUUAUUGAGGAUGGCAAUGGGAAAGUUGGGUUCACCACCAUGCCAGAUGUUGGUAAAUUUGUGGCGGCUACCCUGAAGUCGCCGACAGAAGCAUUUGACAAAGCAUUGAAGGUGCAAAGCUUCAUCGUGACUCCCAACGAGGUCCUCGUCGAGUACGAGACACAGACGGGUGCCAAGUGGGAGGUAGUAAAGACGCCUCUGGACGACAUUCGGGCGUUCGAGAAGAAGCUUUGGGACGAAGGUGAGCCACGGGCCACGCUCGUGACCUUGAGGCGGAUUUGGGCCGAGGGAGGCACAUUGUACGAGCAAAAUGGCAACGCUGUAGUUGCUCCGAAACUUGAUGCGUUAGACUCCCUCGAGUCGGCGGUUAAGAAGGCGCUGGCUGGUGGUUAUCAGAAAGACACCUUUUAG